AUGACGGCGCCCUCAAAUUCGCUCAAAGAAAACGAUCAUAAGCCCGAGCUACAAUCUCGCGUACCACAGCUUGACCGGCGUUCAACCAAUCUACCCGAUUCGACAAACAUAGGACUCAACACUGGUGUGAUUCUAAGCUCUGCCGCUGCCGCGCUGUCGUCUCUGAAUUUUGGUUGGUGCCUGGGAGAACCCAACAUUCCGGAAGACGUCAUUAGAAAUUGCAUAAAGGGGCCGCAGAAUCUCAUCAAUGGACUGCCGACAUGUCUGCCAAUGGGACACACAAUGUGGGGCUUGUUUGUUGGCCUAGUUGCACUGGGUGCUCUGGUGGGAUCGCUCUUCGCUGGGCGAGCUGCUGACCAAUUUGGUCGCAAAUACAUUCUGCUAGUGAACAAUGUGUUUUUCAUCACUGGCGCUCUGCUUCUGGGAACAUCCACUACUUUUGCACAACUGGCUGUUGGGCGUUUUGUCUCGGGAAUUGGAUGCUCUGCUAUUUUAAAUGAUUCCAAAACCAAGAAGUGUAGCGGUGUUGCUUCGACCGUGGUGGCAACAUACAACAGCGAGUGCGCUCCAGUCAAGGUGCGUGGUUUAAUAGGCACUGUCCUCCAGCUCUCAGUCGAAGUUGGGAUCUUUUUAGCACAGCUUAUCGCCGUAUUCCUGGUGGAAGUUCCAAACUGGCGUAUUUUAUUUGGCCUCAGUGGUGUUAUUUCUAUUGUUCAGCUUGCAUGGCUGCCAUUUAUGCCCGAGUCACCAAAGUUCCUGAUUGUGCACGGCAUGCGUGCUGAGGCCGCCCGCGCGCUGCAGUUUUUACGCCCAAACCACGACAUCUCGAUUGAGUUUCAAGCUAUGCUUGAUUUGGCCUCUGGUGUUAGCAGCGCUGCUGACAAUGGACACAUUGCCGACUGUGUUGACAAAAUCAGCUUUGUGCCAGACUCGAGCAGCGAGUGCAAUGAGCUGCCAAGCAAGCCCAAGACAAGUGUUGCGAGUAUUAGCUCGGUUCUUGGCACAAACACGCCGACCAGCGUGGGGGUCGUCGCCAUUUUCAAGGGGCAGACACCAGACACCAUCUGGCACCUUCUGUUCUGCACCAUGUUCCUGAUGGGGUUCCAGCAAUGGACAGGAACCAAGGGAAUUGUGUUCUACUCGACUGGGAUACUGGCAAAAAUGUUUAGUUUGAGCCCCACCCAGCUUCGCGAAACACCAAACACUGCGCAGUGGGUUACGAUCGGACUGGCUGCCACCGGUAUCAUUGCAGUUUUGUCAAGCAUGAGCUUGAUCGAUAGACUCGGCCGGCGGCGCCUGUUGCUUAUCAGUACCAGCGGACUGGCCAUGGCAUGCUUGCUCAUUGUCAUUGGCUGUGCCUGCAACGUACCGGUGCUGGCAGUGCUGGCCAUGUUUGCCUUCAAGUUAACCUAUGGGCUGGGAAUGGCACCCAUCCCAUGGCUGACGGCAUCGGAAAUGCUCCCAUACUAUACGCUGGGGACGCUGAGUGGCAUUGCAAGCGCCCUGAACUGGACAAUGAUUUUUGUAGUCGGCUUGCUAUUCCCAGCGCUUUCCAGAUUGCUCGGCGACUAUCUGUUUGUGCCAUUCGCAGCGCUAAACUUUUGUGCAUUUGUAGUGGUACUUUUGAUGGUACCCGAGACCAAGAACCGGCACAUCUCUGACAUCCUCUUCCAUCACGGCAAGCGCAUUCAUAUCGUAUUUUCCAUGGUCUGGAAAAGACAGUCAGAAGGCCAAGUGUAGAUCCACCAACAGGGAAUUGUCAUUUUUAAUAUAUGUCAAU